AUGACGUCAAACAUAUCACACAUCGAAUUUAGUUUUCUUUCUUUUUAUCUUACUUGGGUUGAGUUUUCUUUCUCUGUCGUAAUAUUCUUUCUUUAUUUUUUCUUUCUUUCUUUUUUCUUUCUUUCUUUUUUCUUUCUUUAUCUCUUUUUCUUUUUUUUCCCUUUCUUCGUCGCAGCAUUAUUUUUCUUACUUUCGCCUCUUUUUCCCUACGCUUAUCUUCUUUCUUCAUUUCAAUUUACCUCCCACUCUUCGUUUAUUUCUUAUUUAAUCCAUUUUUUUCCUUUUUCUUUCUUUCUAUUUUCUUUUCUUUCUUUCCUUCUUUGUGUCUUUCUUUCAGUGUUUUUUUCUUUCUCUUUUUUUCAACUUUUUUUUUUUAUUUCUAUUUCCGUUUCACUUAUUUUCUGUGAUCUUUCUUUCGUUCUUUCUUUCUUUUCUUUUCUUUUAUCUUCUUUUCCAUUGUCAAGAUACUUUUUUCUUUCUUUACUAACCUGUUUUUUUCUUUCUUUCUGUUUCAUUCUUCUAAUGUUUCUUUCUUUCCUCCAGACUUUCUUUCAUUUUUUCUGUGAUUUUCCUUCCUUCCUUCCUUCCUUCCUUCCUUCCUUCCUUCCUUCCUUCCUUCUUUUCAAUGUUUCUAACUUUCUUUCUUUCUUUCGUUCGGUUUAUUUUUCCUUCCAAUAUUUCUUUUUCUCUUUCUUGAAAUGUCGAUUAAUUCUUUUUUUCUGUGAUAUUUCUCUCUUUCGGUGUUUCAUUCUUUUUCCAGUAUAUCUUUCUCUCUUUGUUCAAGUGUUACUUCUUUCUUUCUUUCUUUCUUUCUUUCUUUCUUUCUUUCUUUCUUUCUUUCUUUCAACGUUUCUUUCACACUUUUUCUUUUUGCUUCCAAUUGUCUAUUAA